AUGAGGACCUGCAAACAAGUGGACCAUAUUGAUGCCGCAUGCCUGCUGGUGGCUGGCCUGAGCAGCGUGCAGCGUGUGGUCUGUGGCGGUUGCUUGGACUUCAAGGUGGUCGUGAAGCUGCCAGCAGAGAAAUACGGCGACUGGGAGAAAGCAGGUUUUGCACCGGAGGAAGCCUUUCUUGGCAAGCUAAAGGGCAUCGAGGGCAUCUCCACCAUUGAGACGCAGACCUACACACUGGAGGAGAUCUAA